AGAGAGGGCUUUCCAUCUUUUUUUUCACCCUUUUCUAUUUCCCGUCUGCGUCAGGUGGUGAGAUAUAGCUUCAGAUUUCAUCUCUUCAUUUUUCUGGAUCCACAAGCAAACUCCCAGAUCUUAAUCGCCACUCAUCUCCUCCUUCUUAAAUUCCAUCGGAUUCUGAUCCCUUCCUUGCUCUCCCACAACUCCCCCCUUCAAGGUAAGGUAAGCUUCCCCAUCCCCACUUGUUGUUUCAAAGUCCCGCUGAUUACAGAUUAUUAUCUUUCCUUGUAAUUCUGUUUUGCAUAUGGAAUCGAAUUGGGUUGUUAUUUCCCCAUUUUAGUGAUGUUUGAGGCUGGAUUUACGGUUUAGUUUUUCUUUGUCGCCCCUCUGGUUAUUGGGUGCCCUGCACUCCCAGAUCCCAGGGCUUUGUUGGGUUGUUUGGAUUGGACUUGCCUAGUGUGAUCUUUAGGGUGUUUGGAUUGGAUCGUGAGUUUUUAUGUAUAUUUUUGUUUUGUACCUUAAGAUCCAUAAAGUAGUGGCAUUGCUAUUCGUUAACUAGCGUUGGAUCUGCUUUAUGAGUGAAUGUGAAUGCUAUUUUUUUUUUUCUUGAACUGCUUUAGAUUGAGGUUUUAGGGUUUAGUUUACAGUGUGAUGGAGGAAUCGAUUGUGAAUGGUUUUUUGUUGUUCAUUUAAGAAGGGUGAUUCAGCUCCUAUUUUCCCUUUUAAAUCCGCAAAAAAGGGACUUUUUGUAUUGUAAUAUUUUUAAUGGUUUCAUUUGUACGUUUCCCUAUCAGUUUCUUUGUAUAUUUAUAAACCAUGUGGAGGUUCAAGCCUUUCAUGCACAAAGAACCAUCCGGUCUCGAGGGUCGCUCGAUCGAUGUUGGCAAUCUUAAGAUUCAUGUAAGAAACGUCAUUGCUGAAGGAGGAUUCUCUUGUGUGUACUUAGCCAAGGAUGCCGUACACAUUUCAAAGCAAUAUGCUUUGAAGCACAUUAUAUGCAAUGAUGAGGAAUCUCUUGAAUUGGUGUUGAAGGAGGUUUCUGUCAUGAAAUCACUCCGAGGCCACCCCAAUGUUGUUACACUUUAUGCUCAUACUAUCAUAGAUAUGGGGCGCACAAAGGAAGCUCUACUUGUGAUGGAAUUUUGUGACAAGUCUUUGGUCAAUGUCCUGGAGAGUAGAGGAGCUGGAUACUUCGAUGAAAAUCAAGUUCUCUUAAUUUUCAGAGACAUUUGUAAUGCUGUAUUUGCAAUGCAUUGCCAUUCCCCGCCAAUUGCUCACAGAGAUUUGAAAGCUGAAAAUCUUUUGUUAGGCUCAGAUGGCAUCUGGAAGUUAUGUGAUUUUGGAAGCACUUCUACAAAUCACAAGCGUUUUGAGAAGCCUGAGGAAAUGGGAAUUGAAGAAGAUAACAUCAGGAAGUACACUACACCUGCUUAUAGAGCCCCUGAGAUGUGGGAUCUAUUCCGGAGAGAGCUUAUAAAUGAGAAAGUUGACAUAUGGGCUCUUGGCUGUCUUCUCUUCCGCAUAUGUUACUUCAAAAGUGCUUUUGAUGGAGAGUCAAAACUUCAAAUUUUAAAUGGGAACUAUAGGAUUCCGGAGUUACCAAAAUAUAGCUCAUCGAUUACAGACCUAAUCAGAGAUAUGCUCCAAGCUUCCCCAAAUGACAGACCAGACAUCACGCAGGUUUGGUUUCGUGCUAAUAACUUGCUACCUGUUGGAUCACAGAAGUCAUUACCUGAUCAGCCACCUGACAUGCCCUCUGCAGACAAACAGGAAGGCACUUCAAACCCUAUGAACAAGUCGUCUCCUAUGCCUCGUAGAAGUCCGCCCCCACCUCCAUCAGUUAAAAGUUCGUCACAAGCAACGUCACAUAUGCCUAAGGCAGCAGGGGGAGGUGGAGGUGGAGGUGGAGGACCGCUGGGUGCUUUCUGGUCUACUCAACAUGCCAGUGACACAGUCAACGAGGAUACAAAUAGAAUUAGGUUUGAUGAAGAAUCAACUUCUCGUAGUACAUCAAAACAAGAUCGGAUUAAUCCAAAUAAUCAUUCUGCGCACAAGAAUGCUAGUCCUGGGGAUGUAAACCAAAAGCCAAACAAGACUGUGACAGAUAGUGGUUCAUUCAGAGACUUCGAAUUAUCAUUUUUCCAGAAUGAAGCAGAACAUGGCUCUGGUGGAUCAAAAGCAUCAAAAACUGAGAGUGCGACUUUCCAGGACAAAGCUUUUAACAAUUUUGUUGCUGAGUUUGAUACCGCCAAAUUCAGUUCUGAGGCCACUAACAACAGACCGGGAAAGAAAAUAGCAUUGGAGGCCGAGGUGGAGAAGUUGAAGGAGCAACUCAAGCAAGCAAAUUUGGAGAGAGCCGAAAUCACAUCCAAAUUUGAAAAGCUGUCUGCUAUCUGCCGUUCUCAGAGGCAAGAGAUACAGGAGCUCAAGCAAGCACUUGCUGCUAGGAGUCCAUCACCAAACAAACCUGAAAUAAAAAAUCAUAAUUCACAGGACGUCCAAUCUUCAGCCGUUCCUCGGCUACAAAAGGCCGAUUUGAGUACUCCUAGCCCUGAUGCAAAGCCAUGGCAGGCCUUUGCAGAAGAAUCCCCAAAUCAGCAGUCUGUCUCACCCGAGAAGGGUGUCAAAUCUGUGAGAACUAGAAGCCUCCAGAGAAAGCAGGCUUCUCCAGAAGACGCUGGAUUCGAAAGCUGGGGCUUUGGAGCAGAGAGUUUCACAGCUGUGUCUGCUGGAAGUUCUAACACAUCUGGAUUAGCUGGUGAAAGGAAUAGUUCACAACAACGCACUGGUGGUGAACCAAAAAACAAUGACAUAUCUUCACAACCUGCUGGUUGGGCUGGUUUCUAGUUCCAGCCAUGGUAGGAAGCUGAACGUGAUCUUUGCGUGGAGUUUUUUGUUUCGUGGCAAUACUUUCCAAAAAGGAUACAAAUUUGCGGUCGGCUUGAAAGAGUAAUACUGAUAGAGAUGUUUUCAUUAAAAUCCAUUAUAUAUGUGUAUUUGUGGUUGUGGUUUAUAAGAUCAAGUUAUAUGGUGGUACUUCUGCAUCUGUUGCUUGUUUUUGGUCUAAUAUGAUAUAAUAAGUUACCAUUUUUACCAAA